GUGGUGGUGGUAGUGGUGGUUGUGGGGGGCGGCCUCUAAGACGCGAGACCACCACCCCCGGGAUGGCUGCGCUCAGGGGACCCCCAUCCCCUAAGUCAGCCUGUAUUUGGGGGGACCAGUGCGGGCGUGGAAUCGGGAGGUGUCCGCACAAAAGGCCGAGAGCAACUCUGCGUCGCCUCCCCUCCCUCCUGCCUUCCCCGCCCCCCUCCCCUCGCCCUCUCCCUCCUCAUUCAAACCCCCGGCUCGCUCGUGUGGUGUCAGUUCAGUCCCGGCCGCCGCCGAGCGAGGAAAUGGCCGAGGAGCCGGAGCCGCAGGCUUUGGAAAUCCCUUGACUCUAGUUGCUGGAAUUGACUUCUUGCUCAGCUGAAUCACUCAAUGGAGACCAAGAAAACUAAUGCUUUGUGCUGAGUCAUAUUUGAAUCAAAGCAUUGUGUACAUGUGUUGGAACUGUCUGCCUUGUUUAUGGGAAGAACCACUGAUAGUUUCCCUCACUGAGCUUCCCAAGGCAUUAGGAGAGAAUAUAUACUUUCUUUUGAACUUUUAUAACAGAUAUUUUCUCUAGUUUUUGAAGUCCAGGACAACUGGAGGUGUGAAUGAUAAGUCUUACAAAGUGGCCUUAUUCCAAUUCCAUAAAUUCCUCAACCAGAUUCUUAUUUUAUAUGCAAUCCUAACACGACAGGAAACAUGCCAACUCAGUCACUCUUAGUGUACAUGGAUGGACCAGAAGUUAUUGGCAAUACUCUUGCCACCCAAAUGGAGAUAGAUGAUGUGUCAAUGAAAGGGACCCUUGCAGUUCCUUUCAGAGCCACUCCAGAGAGAAGUAUCAUUCAAAUGGAAGGACACAUACCCUUGGACUGCAUGUUUUGUAAUCAGACCUUCACACAUUCAGAAGACCUUAAUAAACAUGUUUUAAUGCAGCAUCGACCUAUUCUUUGUGAACCAGCAGUUUUGCGUGUAGAAGCAGAGUAUCUGAGUCCUCUUGAUAAAAGCCAAGGGAGAAUAGAACCUCCAAAAGAUAAGAAUUGCAAGGAAAAUGAAGACUUUAGCUGUGAAGUGUGUGGGCAGACAUUUCGAGUGGCUUUUGAUGUUGAGAUCCACAUGAAGAAGCAUAAGGACUCCUUCACUUACGGGUGCAACGUGUGUGGGAGAAGAUUCAAAGAGCCCUGGUUUCUUAAAAAUCACAUGCGAACACAUACUGGCAAAUCAGGAGCCAAGAGCAAACUGCAGCAAGGCUUGGAGAGUCCAGUCACAAUCAAUGAGGUGGUGCAGGAGCAUGCAGCUGAGAGUAUCUCGUCUCCUUACAAAAUCUGCAUGGUUUGUGGCUUCCUAUUUCCAAAUAAAGAAAGCCUGAUUGAACACAGGAAGAUGCAUACCAAAGAAACUCUUUCCGGUCCCAACAAUACACAAGCAGCCUCUGAGCAGAAAGGAAUGUCAUCUCCAGGGCAAGAGUUCCUGCAGUUUUUGAACUUAAAACCCAAAUUACACCCUGAAACUGGGAAGAAGCCCACCAAAUGGAUACCUCAGCUCGAUCCUUUCACCACCUACCAGGCCUGGCAGCUAGCCACCAAAGGAAAAGUGGCUGUGUGUCGAGAAGUGAAGGAGCAGCCUGGGCAGGAAGGAAGCACGGACAACGAUGAUUCCAGCUCUGAAAAAGAAGAGCUUGUUGAAAUUUGGCACACCAGCAAAAGCGUUCCUGAAGGUUCUGGAAAAUCCAAAACAAGUAGAAGUGGUUGUGCAGGACUCUCUCAAGAGAAAGAGAAACCCCGACACUCCAGUGGUGAAGUGCCUUCUAUGGACACGGAUCCUAAGUUGUCCAGCAACAAAGAGAAACCCACACACUGCUCUGAGUGUGGCAAGGCCUUUCGCACCUAUCACCAGUUGGUAUUGCACUCCCGGGUGCACAAGAAGGACAGGAGGGUGGAUGCUGAGUCCCCAACCAUGUCUGUGGACGGGAGGCAGCCUAGGACGUGCUCCCCCCCAGAAUUGACUGUCUCUCUGGAUGAAAACGGAGCCAUUGAUCGAGAAGGUGGUUCUGAAGAUGGAUCCGAGGAUGGACUUUCAGAAGGGCUCCAUCUGGAUAAAAAUGAUGAUGGAGGAAAAAUAAAACAUCUUACAUCCUCCAGAGAAUGUAGUUAUUGUGGAAAGUUUUUCCGUUCAAAUUAUUACCUCAAUAUUCAUCUCAGAACACAUACAGGUGAAAAACCAUACAAAUGUGAAUUUUGUGACUAUGCAGCGGCCCAGAAGACUUCUCUGCGGUAUCACUUGGAGCGGCAUCACAAGGACAAGCAGAUUGAUGCUGCAGCAGAAGUCAAGAGUGACACGAAAUACCAGGAGGCUGAAGAUGCAUUACUCCUCACCGAUGGUGCACAAACCAAAAAUAUGAAAAGAUUUCUCGAAGGUGCCAAAGAUGUUAAAGGCAGUCCACCUGCAAAGCAAUUGAAGGGAAUGGCUUCUGCCUUCCAGAAUGUUCUGGGCAGCACUGUCCUUUCUCCAUUACACAAAGAUACUCAGGAUUUAAAUAAAAAUGCAACAAGUGACAGUGCUGAUAAGGUGAACAAAAUUCCUGCCCCUGCUUAUUUGGACAUGCUCAAGAAGAGAGCAGCAGUUGAUCCUCAGGCCAUUCACCUCACCUGCAGAACAGAAUUGGAUGUGACUUCUCACCCAGAGAAUAGCACUGUCAUUCAGAAUACAGAAGUUGGUCACAAAGAGAAGAAAGUGGAAGGUGCAGCUGAUUGCAAAUUAAAAGCAAGUGUGGCCUGUCAAGAAAAACCUUUAAAUCUCUCUCUUGGGACUCUUCACAGUUGCCCAGCAAUUUCUUUGAGUAAGAGUUUAAUCCCAAGCAUCACCUGCCCAUUCUGUAACUUGAAGACAUUUUACCCUGAAGUUUUAAUGAUGCAUCAGAGGCUGGAGCAUAAAUACAACCCUGACAUCCAUAAAAACUGCAGGGGCAAGUCUUUGCUUAGGGGUCGGCGUACCGGCUGCCCACCUGCUUUACUGGGGAAGGAUGUGUCUCCCUUGUUUAACGUUCUUAAACCCAAGCUCAAGCCAUCUUUUCCAGCCCAGUCCAAAUCUGUACCAUCAGAGAAAGUGAAACCUAGUCCUUCUGGGGCAGGCAAAGUCCCCCCAACUUCAGGAGUGGACCCCAGCACUUUAGCACCAAGUAACCUGAAGUCCCAUAGGCCACAGCAGAGCAUCAGGGCCCAGGGAGUCCAGGGGACUGCAACUGCCAGGCAGCAGCAAUCUGAGAUGUUCUUAAAAACUAGCACCUCUUUGGUCCCCGAUAAAGCAAAAAGGUCCGAAACCAAAUUGAAACCUUCAUCAGCAGCGCCUUCGCAGUCAACCUUGGGCAACAGUCAUGCCAACGGCUUCGUUGAUUACCCUCUGAAGCAUGAAGGCCCCUGGGCUCAAGGAGGAGACUAUUUUUGUAAUCGAGGCGUGGGUAGUGCCACUGCAGAGUUAAGUGAGCCACUUACUAAGAGGCCCAAGGCCAAUACAGUGGCCUCUGAGGGAGACCAGCCAGGACCAAACUACAGAAGAAGCUUUGACCACCUCCCCAAAUACCAAGUUGUCCGAGGGAUCACGUCACUGUUGCCCCAGGACUGUGUAUGCCCAUCUCCGGCCAUGCUGUCCCCCAAACCAAGAUUCCUGGGUUCCAGUGAAGUGGAUCCCCCUACUGUGCUGACUGUCCAAAAGCCGUACAGUGCCCCAGGGCCACUCUACACGUGUGGACCCUCUGGAAGCCAUGGAGCUGGUGCCGCACUGGAAGGAAAACGACCAGUGGCAUAUCAACAUUUAUCUAGCAAUAUGCUACAGAAGAGAAAUUACGAGAAUUUCGUUGGAAAUACACAUUUUCGACCAAAUGACAAAAAAACAUGAUUUUCUGUUUUGGGAAAGGAAGGUCUUGAUGGAUAUAAUUGUGUACUCUUCACGCAGUUAAAUUGGUUCAUCCCGAGAAAAACAAAUGGUGAAAGCUACUGAAAUAAGCUGUGAUUGUACUGUACAUACAACAUAGAAGGAACACUACAGUUUUGUAAUGUUGUUCUGUUAACUUUUGUACCAAAUAGCAAUAAAAACUAUAGUUGGAACAGUUGGGUUAUAUACAAGUGGAGACUGAUGAUCUCUAUUUUGUCCCUGAAUAAUAUUUUUUUUUUUAGAAUUGACCAAAUAAGAAGUGGUUUUUUUUUUUUUUUUUUUUUGCAUACUUGAGCGCUGCUGAAAAGGAAUCAUUUGGGUUGGGGGGGGUGGGGAGAAGAACGUAUAUAAUGCUUGCACCUCAGGUAAAGAAUCUGUAAAUAUAAAAGUUGUAAACCUGCUUGUUUAAAUCCUGUGUGUAUUCUUUUUCUCUAUUUGUAGCUCAUUCUCAAUUUUGAGCAGUUUCUACUAUUAAUAUUUGUGCUCCUUCAUUUAAAAUGUAUGUUUUAAAAAUAUUCGCAAUGAUUUGUAUUAUGUUAAAUCCUCCAGUCUAUUGUUGUCUUAACAAAAUUGUUAACAUAAGUAUUGACCCUCUCUGAAUAUGUGCUGCAUAUAGUAAGGCCAGCCAAUCUGAAUUUGGUGCCCUUUUAUUGCAAAUUUCAACAUGUCGAUGAGGAAGUCUGAAUCUACUGUCCUUUUAUGAGUAAGGAAGGCGGUUUGUGGGAUUUCUAGGUGUGUAUGUCUAUAUACAAGCAUUUCAACCAAAUAUCCAGUAAAUAUACCAAAUUAUAUGUGGAGUUACUUGAAUUUGUUUUCUAUCAAAGUAAUCAUUUUUUUGUUGGAAAAUUCAGUUUUUGGGGCAGCUGCUUAAAUUAGGGAAAAUAUAAAUGCUAAAUGAUACAUGUGAUUUGCAUAUAUUGGAAGCAAUUUUAAAGGAAAUGAAAGUUUCAAUGUAAUUUUCGGUUUGUCUUUGGAAGUCUCAGUGUGUCUGGUAUUUGAGUUAGCUGAACAUAUUUCUGUUAUGUUCACUACAGACACAUUAGUAAAGAAUUACCCACUAAACUUGCUGGCAAUCGGGGAAGAGGUUGUCUGUGUCUAGACUUCAGUUACCUUCCCAUUUUUGGUUGUUCUGAAGCAGCAACAUUUUUCUUAGUGCACAUGCAAUUUCAGUUUUAAAGAGGAUAGCCACCAGCUGGCUUAUUUGAUGUUUUAAACUUCUGUUCCCUUGAAGUGCUGACCAGGGCUGAGUUUAUUCAGCCAAGCACGAGUCAAGCAGCCACAACGUAUUUUACUAAGAAAACUGUUUCAACAAUAAAUUUGCACUGUUAAUUUUUCCUGCCCUCCUCUCCUCUAUAGAGCUAUGGGUAAAGUGUAAAGAAUCCCCCCCCCUUUUUUUUUUUCCCCAUUAUGCAACAUGAAGCAUACUUGAUAAAGAAGUUUUUACCUCCUGUAUUAAGAGGGAGACCUAAUUUGAGAUCAGUCUUCUGGCAUUGCAAUGAAGUGCUUUGUAUCAGGAAAGUGUACACUAUUGACUGUUCUUCCUGUUCACAAACUGAGCCAUAUGUACAUAAUCUAGAUUUUUGUUUUUUCAUAGUUUUGCACUUUUAUAGCCUAUUUUUGAAGAUUAACACAUUUUUGCAAGAUGAUUGACUUGAUCUUUGCCUAAUCCAAUGAGUGUUACAGAGAGCUUGCUGUGACUAUAAAUGUAAAUCUUAAAAAGGGGGUAUGUGAUAAUAGAGGGCUGAAAUUUAAACCUUGUAUUUUUUAUUAAAAAAAUCACCAAAUCUAUUUGAAAACAAGUCAGUUUGUGUUAUGCUGAAAUUUUGGGGGGCUUUCAGAUUUUUCCUUUCCAACCACAUUUCUGAGUGCAUAAAAAUACCAGUUUUUUCACAGCCCUUUACUCUUAUUUUUUUCCUUUUUGUCCAUCAGUAUUAACUAUUGGGAUACUACUGGUUUUGUAUGUUUUUUUCCUUGAGACAACAGUACAAUAGAGGUACAACCCGCUGGAUUUUUGUUUAUGUAUUUAUUGCAUUCCAGUUUGAUUAUUUUAAUUGUUGAUACUUAAGUUGUCAAACAAUAGGCAAUACUUGUUUUAUUUAUGAUAUAUUUCAGCUUAAAGUUAUGUUAUUAUAUGUGGAUGUAAAUAUAGAUUUGGUGUUUUGCAAUUUUGGGUUUUGGUCUUUAUUGUGUUCCUUGUUUCUGGUUUUAUUAUUUUUUUAUUUAACCUUGUAUGAAUACAGUUUUAAAAA